AUGGAUUCCGGAGCCCAAAGCUCGAAUUCUCCUCAAGCGUUAACCGACACCGCUAAUCCUACCCCCGUUGAGGAUGCCACCUCGACCCCAAGCAACGGCGAAGCGGCCACGGAUGACGAGGAGUCAGCCCUCAAGCUCCUAACCGAAAAUGUCCGAGAUCAAGACGAGCUCGAACGGGAUAUCACGUCUCAAGCCAGUCGCGCCUUGAUUGAAGCCGAGGACAGACGAGAUCAAAAGCGCAUUGAGAAGGCUGAGCUAUCCAAGUCCAGGUUGGAAGGCCAACGAAAACAGCAGCAGCAGAAACUCCGUGCCGCACGAGCGGAUCCGGCGGCGACACUACGAAUUCAGCGAGAAAUUGCUAGGAUUGAUGCAGAGAUCGAGAUUUGUGAAAAGGACGUUGCCGACUUUAAUGCCCGCAUCGAGCAACGGAACCAGCAAGAUGCAUUAGACAGUCAAGCCUCUGCGGCCGGUGGAAAACUGCCCGGUGAGAACCAGCGCGAGUAUCUCAUACGGACCGGAAAGAUCACUCCCUUCGCCUCGUUUGGUGGACCCCGGCCCGGCGGCGUUCAGGGGGAGCUCGCCGAUGCCAUAAUCGACGCUGAGGAUGAGGCUAUUGCGGAUGAACUUGAGGAGCAGGCUGGAGAAGGACCCCGCUCCCACCAAAAUCUUAGAUUGCCCGGUUUCAUUGAAGAUAAUGAGGGCCUUUCCAGCUCCGCCGUGGAAUCCGAGUUCUCCCUUCGUCCGCGCAAGAAACAAAAGAUACAGAAACCAUCUUCGGAGUCCGGCGAUGAGUUCAUGCCGGAUGGAUCUGCUUCAGAAGCAGCCAGCCCCGAAUCUUCUCCCUCCGAUGAUUUUGACAUGACAGACACCACCCCAAAACGGAAGCGAGGGAAGGCGGUCAGAGAAGCCGGGGAGAAGGUUGAUCUGAGCAACAUAGACGAUGGCAACGAAACCGUCUACCAGCGAAGACUGAAGGACUGGACCGAGCGACGAAGUCGGGCUCGGCUCCGCCGCCAAGAGACGAUGGGCCAACCGGUGAUCGGCGAGUUGGAUGGCGUAGAGGAAUGGCUCAAACCGUCGCCGGAUCAACCCGACCAUCAUUUUGAGAAUGGCCUGAAGCUUCCCGGCGACAUUUACCCUUCUCUCUUCGACUAUCAAAAGACCGGUGUACAAUGGCUGGCAGAGCUUUAUGCCCAGCAGGUCGGCGGCAUCGUUGGCGAUGAGAUGGGGCUGGGUAAAACAGGUCUGUCUUUCCUAAACGCACUUGCUACCGUUUCACCGGGAUGCGGAACUCACAAAUCCCUAGUGCAGCUGAUUUCUUUCAUCGCCGCCUUGCAUUACAGCAAAACGCUACAUAAGCCCGUCAUUGUGGUUGCCCCGGCCACCGUCUUACGCCAGUGGGUCAAUGAGUUUCAUCGCUGGUGGCCGCCACUCCGCGUCUCUAUUUUGCACUCAUCCGGAAGCGGCAUGUUCAAUGUUCGUGAUGAGGGUGAGAUCGAAGAUCACGUGGACGACUGGGAAGAGAAGAAACCCAGCAAGUCCAGCACAGCCGUGAAAAGGAUUGUUGACCGAGUGGUCAAACAGGGCCAUGUGCUGGUCACCACAUACGCCGGUCUUCAGACAUAUGGCGACGUCUUGAUCCCCGUAGACUGGGGUUACGCCGUCCUCGAUGAAGGCCACAAAAUCCGGAAUCCGAACACAGCCAUCACGAUUUACUGCAAAGAGCUCCGCACACAUAACCGCAUCAUCCUAUCUGGUACCCCGAUGCAGAACAAUCUGACUGAGCUGUGGUCUCUAUUUGAUUUCGUUUACCCCAUGCGUCUCGGUACCCUAGUCGCGUUCCGCAACCAGUUCGAGAUACCAAUCAGGCUCGGAGGCUAUGCCAAUGCCACGAACUUGCAGAUAAUGACUGCGCAGAAGUGCGCUGAGACGCUCAAGGAUGCGAUCAGCCCCUAUCUACUCCAGCGGUUGAAGGUCGAUGUCGCUGCUGACCUUCCCAAGAAGAGCGAGCAGGUGCUUUUCUGCAAGCUAUCAAAGCCGCAGCGGGAGGCAUACGAACUCUUCCUCAAGUCUGAAGACAUGGCGUCCAUCCUCAACCGUACGCGGCAGUCACUAUACGGAAUCGAUAUCCUUCGCAAGAUUUGCAAUCACCCUGAUUUACUGGACCCGAGGCUAAAGAACAAACCUAGCUAUGCGUGGGGCGAUGAAAGCAAAUCGGGCAAGAUGGCAGUAGUCAAGUCGCUCCUCCCGAUGUGGAAGCGCCUAGGGCACAAGACGCUGCUGUUCUGUCAGGGUGUCCAAAUGCUGGAUGUCAUAGAAGCAUUCAUUCAGCGACUCGACAAUAUCAAGUACAUUCGCAUGGACGGCAAAACACCGGUCAAGCAACGUCAGACGCUCGUCGACCAGUUCAACACUGACCCGGAGCUCGAUGUGUUUCUGCUAACAACAAAGGUCGGCGGACUGGGUGUGAACCUUACGGGAGCCAACCGCGUCAUUAUUUUCGACCCCGACUGGAACCCUUCUACGGAUGUCCAGGCGAGAGAGCGGGCUUGGAGGCUGGGCCAGAAAAGGGAGCAAACAACAUUCAACCUCAACGACCUGCACGAUCUUUUCAGUCUCAGCUCCUAUGAGCACGAUCGUAAGAUGCUCCAGCAGGAGGCCAACCGAAUAGCCGCACAGGCGGCCCUCGGUCUCCGUUGGGCAGGCGAGCAAGCCCGGAACGUGCCCAUCGGCACCGUGACGUGGACUGGCGAGGUUGGUGAGGCCGGCCGGCCUACCAACGUCCGGCGUGGGCGCGGGGGGCCGGGCUCGUCUAGUAUAUUGGCUGGCGUUGCCAACCGCCAGGGCUUCGGCUCUAGUAGCCCCGGCAACUCGAGGCCGGGUACGCCCGGCGCAGUGGACCAAAAUCUCAGAGCGAAGGAUUUUGAGAAAAUGAUACCGGAUUUUAUCAGGCGGCACAAUGGUCAGGCGCCGUCAAAGCUGUUGGUGGACCAUUUCAACCGGUUCUGCAGCGGCUCUCGGCAGGCAGACGCGUUCAAAGCAGCGCUGAGCAAGGUGGCCAAGAUGGAGAAACGCGGGUCGAGCAUGCGGGCGAUUUGGACGCUCAAGCCGGAAUAUCAGUAA